GAAGACCUCCACUGACCAGAACGAGGACAGAGAAUAAACAAGCUCAACCAAGUACUCCAAGCUCUAAACUCAUUACAGAUUACGGAACACAAUUGAAAAGUGAUUUACAAGAAGGAAUAAAAGAAUUAUCGAAUCAAAAUAUGGAACCUGGUCAGCAGAAUUUAAUGGGGUCAACAGAAAAUUAUGAAAAUUUGCAUUCUGUUUCUUCUUUUUGGAUUAGCAUCUGCCGAUAUUUGGCAACGCGCUGCUUCUACCGUAGAUAAAGCAGUUAAAUUAUUUUUGGAAGGUGUUGGACAAUCUGGUUCUCUAAAAGUAUUUAUUGGUUUAUCCGAUGCUAAAGAAUUGAACGACAUAGAAGAUGAUAUCAAAGAAGGCUUGGAAAAGAUAUUAAAAGAUGAAUUAGAAAAUAUUUUCCAACAAAUAAAAGCAACAGUAGAAAAUGGGAAAGAAGUAGCCGAAAAAUUAGUUGAAAUGGUUAAAGAUAUAAAAGAAAAGUUAAAGGAACUAAAGGAAGAUGAUCAGAAUUCUAAAAUUUUCUUGAAAAAGCUGAAACAUUUGAUCAAACAGAGUUUAAAAAAUUUUUUGGAAAAUCAUGGAUUUGGUAAACGUAAUUUAGAUCAAGAAAUGGAUCAUAUUGCCCGAAUAAGAUUUAGCGAAUUUGCCGAAUGGAUCAAGAAACGGGUUUUCCAAAGCGAAAUUAUCAACAAGAUUCGCAAAUACAUUAAAAAUUUCAUCACUAAAAAUUCAGAGUUACGAAAACUAAAAGAAGUUUUAUUAAAAUUGAAAGAGGACGACUUUCUUGAACUUUUGGACUUGACUUUUCAAAGUUAUAACAAUAAAAAUUACUGUGACAAUAAAUCUAAAGAAAGAAUAAAUGAAUUAUUUAAAGACUUGGAAGAAGAUCUUCGCGAAAAAGCAAAAAAAUUACAAGAGUUCCUUAAAGAUAGAUGGUUAUUUGGUCUGGAAAAACUUAGGUCUGGUUUUAGUAGAAUCACAGCUUUGGGUAUUGAAAUUAUUGGUGACGGUAAAGAUAUCAGUGUAGAGACAGCCAGAAAAGCUAUUGAAUUUUUUCAAGAAUAUAAAGAUGAUCUAGGAUCACUCUGGGAUCAAAUUAAUGAAACCACGAAGAGCCACAUUGGACAAUUCUAAACAUGCAAAAGAUUUUAGAUAUAUAUCAAUUUUAGUAUGUAUUAAUAGCACUAAAUAAAUAUUUCAAAUAUUUU